AUGAUAAAUCCAUCAGAUCGUUGUCACCAUAUCAGCGAAUUAUUUAAUCACAGCUUCGUUCAAACUCAACUUCUUCGUCGUGUCAAAUAUUAUCAUUUACCAUAUCAAAAACAUUCAUUAAAUAUUUCUUGUUUUUAUGACGAUGUUUAUCUUUGUUUAUGUUACGAUUUCGAACAACAACGUUUAGCAAAUUUUUUUGAAUUUAAUCAUAAUAUGAAAUAUGAUUGUUUAGGUCAAAGUGCUUGUGAAAAUGAAGGUCAAUGUUUUCAAGAGGACCAAAAUUGUCCAAGAAAAUCAAUAUGUAUAUGUUCACCAUGCUUUUAUGGAACACGAUGUCAAUUUAGUGUAAAUGGAUUUGUUUUAUCACUUGAUGCUAUCUUAGGUUAUCAUAUUCAACCACAGGUUAAUUUUUUAAAUUAA